GGGCGUCGCCAAAGAGGGGGGAGGCAAACGAAUUGUCGAUAGCAGAUGGGCCAUCUGUGGGACGGAGGACGUCACCGAUGGGUGGGCCGACAGACGCGAUGUCGAUGCCGGGUCAGUGUCCAGGGGAUUGUGUUCAUGAUGAGGAGGGACCCGCGCUUGCUGAGGGCGGUGAUAUGGAGGUUGCGGGUCGAGUGGAGGCGGACAAGCGGGUGAAUCGAAAUGAUGGAGGUGAUGUCUUCGGGGGUGAUGUGGUGGAAAAAGCGGGUGCGGGAGGUGCCAGGCGGGGGCUGGUGGUGGGGGUGGAGGAGUCGAUCGUGGUAAAGCAUAUGAGAGAGGAGGUCAGCAAGGGGCAUGUCGGGUUCGUGGGCGAGGGCGGUUGCAAGGUCUUUGUGGCAUACUCGUUUGAUGCGAGAGAUGAACGCAAAGUCGGGAACGAUGGUGUGGGGCAGGUGGUGGCGGAGGGAGCGGACGUAUUGGACGAAGCGCUCCGUGGGACUGGUCUGGCGGAGGUGGCAGAAUUGUUCAAGGUACUCGUCAAAUGGUUUUCUGGGGGCAGAAGAUCGGAAGGAACGGGGGAUUUCCCCGUCGCGGUGAACGAUCUGCGCGAGGGUGUUGAAGUUGAGGUUAUCGGGGGUGGUGUCGUAGCAGGCGGUGUGCUGGAUGCGCCGGAUGAGGGAGGAGGUGGAGGGAACAGAACUAUGGUGGAGGUUGAAGGGUUGGUGGAUGUGGUGGUAGAGGUUGUAGGAGUGGAGGAGGUCGGCGGGGGGGUGUUGCUGGAGGCGGCCGUGGAGGAGGGAGUGGUUUGCACUUUGGAGGAUGAAGUGGUUUGCGCUGUGGAGGAGGGAGUGGUUUGCGCGGUGGUGACGGCCGUGAUGGAGGGGAUGGUCUCUUCGAUCGUGGUUACGAGAUCGGAUAUGGAUGACAUGUUGGCCUUUAUGUCGUCGAGAGAGGCGGUGACAAAGGUUUGGAGGGUGUUGAGUGUGUGGAGGAUGGCAGAGAGGUCGGGGGUGGCAGUGUUUGCUGGUUGUUGUUCGCCUGCGAGGUUGCGGGCGAUGCUAUCGACUGAGUCGGUGCGGAUGUCAGACAUGUUGAUGGAGGAUGCGGCCAUGUCGGGGGAAGGGGGGGUGAAGGACGUGGCCUGAACGGAUGUGGAGGAUGCAGCAACAGCGGUGGCGGUGGCAGCAGCGGUGGCGGCGGCAGCAGCGGCGGCGUCGGCGACACGUUGGGAGUUAUUGGUUUGGCGUGGUGGCAUGUGGAGAUGAGGGGAGACAAUCCCUUAUAAAUUCGAAAAUAAAUGAAUAAAUAAAAAUAAUUGGCAAGAUUUUUCAAAAAAUAAACGCUGAACAGAAAGAGAUAAUUAAUUUCGAAAGAAUAAAUUCUGAUUAAGAUU